AUGGCCCGCAGUGGGAUACAACUCAUUGUUCGCCAACAGCCUACGAGGGCGCAGGUCGUUCAAGAGAACAACCCCAAGAAUCGCAAGCCCAUCGAUCCUCCUCCCAUCAUCGAGCUCAAGUACGACGACCGAAAUGACCCCCAGAACAGCCAGUGGCUUGUCAGCCCGCGCACGUUCAUGAUGGUCAUUCUGAUCCCCGAAAGAGAGGGAGGAGAUCCGAUGGUGGGAAAGCAUUUGAUCGGACAGACUGUUUCGAGCUUGCACAGAUUGAAAGACAUCAACAACAAGGAUGGAGGCUUCUUCGUCUUUGGAGACAUUUCCGCCCGCAAACUUGGUCGCUACAAGCUGAGGUUCAGUCUGUUUGAUACAGAGAAGGAGAAGGACGUGGUCACGUUCAUGGGGUCCGUCGAUUCUGAGUCUUUCCCUGUUCUACCACAACGCGACUUUGGCAGCAUGUCCGAAUCGACACACCUGACACGCACCUUUUCCGACCAGGGCGUCAAGCUACGCGUUCGCAAAGACAAUCGCGCAAUCCCUGGAAUCGGCUCGAAACGAUCAUUCAACGCGUCACCACCUGAAACGACCUCCCCUGGGCUUCAUUCUGGCAUGUACGGAGGCGCCGUCCAGGACCAUCACUACGGCGGAUCAGUCCAUUCACCAGCAGCGAAGCGCCAUCGAUCAGGGAGCGAAUACGACAGUUCACACAUGUAUCAGCACAUGCCCAUGGGAGACAGUGCAUAUGGAAGUAGCAUUCCGAGCGCGACGCGUUACAGUGAGCACUCUCGCGUUCACAGAGGCUACAACCAGCAACAAUCACCCAUGAGUCUGUCGAUGAUGGGUCGAGUUCCGGCGAGCAUGGGAUCAUCUGUGCAGACCCCAGGCUGGCAGAACAUGCACCAGACCAGCGCAUUACCGUCACCGGCAUCAACGUCGAGCAACACCCAGCAGCCGUCAUACCCAAGUGUGACAUCACAACAACAGUCGUCCUCAUUGUUUGGGGACCCAGGAUCGGCGAGCUCGAUACCCAGGAACUACUACAGCAGCAGCAACUACCAGUAUUCUGGAACGGGACAGUAUCCAGGUCCGCAGUCUGGCGAAGUUCAGAGCGCAUAUUCCGAUCUCCAUCAGAUUCCAGACGCCGCAAAUUUGACAGCAACGCAGAGCCAGGGAUACGGUCAAGGGUACAUGCCAUACGCCACCGAGCCGAGCGAGGUACCUGGCGCGUAUGCGUACAUUGGGGAGCAAAAGUUCUAG